AACAAGUGCAAAAAGGCCCACAGUCUAGAUUCCCCACAAAACACAGCUGUUAUAAGUAAGGUGGGUCACCAUGACCUGGGUGAGGCAGAGAUGUUCCAACUCCUGCUGCAGAAUGACCCCUACUUGAUGCCUGAGGUGAGUGGCACCCAAAAUUACCUUUACCAAUUAAUGUAAAGUCAUUUAGGCAGGUUACCUUAGUGUUCUUGGGCACAGGGACUAUGGUGGCUGCUUUAGUGGAUCUAAAAAUAUUGGAUAGGUUAGUGGGUAGGUUAGUGGAUAGGUUAGCACUGUACCUCCAGCACCAACUGAUAUGGAAAAAGAGUAUGCCAAAUGUCAAUUGCAUGUCGUAUGUGCUCUGGAUGUUUGACCAUCUCCUUUCAACUCCUUCCAGAUCUGCUUCCAUUACAACAAGGGCUUUGGUGAGCAUGGCACCUGCAAGUUUAAAACCAGCUGCACAAGCCUCCACCUCUGCCUGCACUUCCUCCAGGGUGACUGUAGGUUUGGUGCUGGUUGUAAGAGGGCCCACACGUUCGACACCCCCGCAAUGAAGAUUCUAAACAGCAGAGGAUUCAGCCUAGAGAACAUCAAGAUCCUCCACGUUAUCUUCAAGAAUAAGUUCAUCAUCAUGACUCACAAAGAAAAUCCAGCUGGUAAGGAAAUGACAAUGCAAACAAAUCCAUGCAAACAGAGAAUCCAUGCAAACAGAGCUUUAGUAACUGUGUCUGUCCUGUGUCUAGCAGUACCACCCUUCCUUACUCCAGUCAUGAAGCCAGUUGGGAAACAACGUUCUCGUCAGCCCUCCUCCAGCUCCACCAGUGAGACUGACAGGAAUGAAAUCUGCCUCUUCUUCAUCCGCGGUCACUGCAGCUUCAAAGGUAACAUCAACCUAAACAUACUUUAUUAUCAACAUUUCAGUUUACAGUGGUGUGUUUUGAAGUGUUUGCAUGUGUUUCUGUGGUUGUGUGUUGUCAGAGACAUGUGUCCGUGUCCACUACCAUCUGCCUUACAAAUGGCAGAUCUUAGAGGGACAUGGAGUGACUUGGAGAGACCUGGCCAAUGUAGAGGAGAUUGAGAAGGCCUACUGUAACCCAGGAAAUGACACAAGGUACUGUUGUCAUCAUGUCAGGUUUGGUGUGGAUUUUUGUUACCUGUUAAAGCAGAUCCAAAAUAUAUUAGCGUUUUAUUAGAGACAAUAUAUAACCUUUUUUUUUAAACAACAGGUCUAAUUUUGUUGUUCAUCUCUGUUGUAAAUUGCUCUGGAUAAGAGCGUCUGCUAAAUGAUGUAAAUGUAAAUGUGUUGCCCCCAGUGGAGGAAGUGAGCCUGUGAACUUCCUCACCAUGACAUGUGGAAGCCGUCCAGUUCGUCGUCUGUCCACUGUGUCAUCCGUAACCAAACCCCCUAACUUCAUCCUUACCACAGAGUGGCUGUGGCACUGGAGAGAUGAUCGUGGCCAGUGGAUAGAGUAUGGCCAUGAGGUCAGUCUGAAUACUGAAUAUGCAUGGUGUGGUUUUUAUUGUGACUUUACUCCACCCUCUUUGGGUUGAUCUAAACUGUGGUCUUAUUCUGUGCAGGAUGAUGAUGGGAAUGUGGCCUCUGUCACUUCCCAGACUCUGGAGAAUUCUUACCAAACUGACUCUGACAGCAAGAUUCUAUUUGAAGAUCGGGGGUACAUUCUCAAUCUCAAAGGUAUGCCCCUUGUCACAGAUGUAUAGUAAUUCAACAGUUAUUAAGUUAAUCAGCUCUUUAUUGGUUAACAACCUGUCAAAAUAUUUUAUCAUAAAUAUUGUCUCUGUUUCAGAGAUGCAUCAGCAGAAUAUUAGAUUUACAACCAAAAUAGCAAUUUGUAGAAGGCCCCGUUUUCUCUCUGAGGAAGAGCUGAAGGCCAAGCUGAAGAGGUAUUGUCCUUCAUGGUUGUACUGUAUGUCUGUAAUAAAUACUGAGCCGAAUAAUACUGAGCAUUCAGCAAGUCCUAUUGGAUAUCUGUGUCUGAAUCAGCCAAACUAGGCAACCCUUAUCUAUUGGAACUUCCCUGUUGAAUUUCCUGUUUCUUCUUUUGUCUCCCUUUUAGUGAGUCUAAGGAGAGCUCCAGCUCCUCUGUGACUGUCCCUCCACACUGGGACAAGGGAGUCUUGUCUGACUCCACAGACUACAAGGUACUAUGUAGUGAUACUGUACUGUUUAAUUUAGUUGAGUUUAAAUGAAAAACAUGUGAGCUCACAGACACAGUAAGUAAGCAUUUCACUGUAGUCUACACCUGUUGUAUUCAACACGUGACACAUAAAAUUUCAUUUGAUUUGCUUUGACACUAUUAUAAUGGUGGGCACCAAUAUGAUAACGAUAUCUUUUGAUAUCGAUAUGAGCAAGGGAUAUCGUGAUAUCGGUUUAUCCUUGCUGUUAACCUAAACCAUUAUGUAAAAUAGCAUACAUGACUGUUCCUGCAGGCACAAAAACCUCUCAAUGCCUCUCAAUUUAGCAUACUUCAUUGCCUACUGAUGGGCCAUCAACGGGCUUACCAUUGUAUUCAAACUGGUUGGGUAGGUUAGGCCCCCAGAACAUUUGCACCUGGCCUAAUGGGCAAUUAGCAAGCCGUUGUCUGGACUUCACAAAGCCGUGGAAGUGAACAGAAAGUUUAACAUUCACACAGUUGCAAUGCUAUAUAUCGAUAUCGGAUUGAAAAAAUGCAACUGAUAUAGAUUUUCCAUAUCAGUGCCCAUCAUAUUAGUGAUAUUAAUAUUAGCUUAUAUUAGUGUGGAAUAUUUCCCAUGGAGACAUCUCACUCAAAAAAGUAAUCUGUGGUUUCCUUCAGCUGGUUCCACUCUCAAGCCAGAUAGAAGAGUACCAAAAGAUGGAGAAGCUGUUCAAACAUACCAUGGCCAGCAGCACCAUCCACAGCAUCAAACGGAUCCAGAACCCCUCACUCUGGAAGGUCUUCCAG